CCGCACCAUCGAAGAGGCUGAUAGGUGUUACGAGUACCAUACAGGUGCGGGUUGCAAAACACAACAAGAGUUGAGAGCAUCUCGAUGUUCUUAUGAUGGACUCUUGAAGACUCCGGUAGAUAAGAUAGGCACUUGCGUUCUUCUCGCCAUGGUACCCUCAGAAGAAGAUAUAAGAAAGUUCAUGUCAUUCGCUCCAGAGGUUAGUGAAGAACAGGCUUUCGUGUUCUUAGAGGGGGCAGAUAGCAUCAACGAGGCCCUGGAUAGAUUCUAUGAAACCCCAAACAAUAAUUCGAACAGGCCAAUAUCUCGCAUGGCCAACCACAGGGGCCUUAACGAGGAGAUCGACACUCGAGAUGACGCUCCUCCAGCGUAUGCCUCGUUAAACACCGUAAGCGAAUUACAGCGUCGGUCUCACACGAAUAAAGUCAUCGAAGCUGCAAAUAUCCGCGCUCGAGAUGAGCAAGAGAUGUGGAACAUGCUACAGAGCGUUCAACUUAAACAUCGCAUUUACAAUAGUGACAUUGAGCCAGAACAUGAUUCAUUCAUCGACUGUAACUGCUCUAUUCACCAAUAUAGGGCCCGGAAAUUAGAACGGCUUGGCGUCCAAGACUUGUGGUCAAAAACAGUCAUGUAUCCAGGGGAGAAAGAAUAUCAUGACUGCUACCAAUCAAUCCUAUUUAGCAACAACCCAUAUAGCCGUGUGGUCUCUCCAUAUGGUUCUAGCGACUAUGGCGAACCAGUGCCUCGGCCGGAUUAUUAUACCCUGGCUCUUCAACAGACUGCACAGCUGAAUUUAUCGCUGAAUGUGCAGGCACAGGCUGCUGUUGACUCUAAAGAGCCACAGUUAAAUAUCUGGGAAAUCGAUCACUUAGGCCCUUUAAUGCCAAGUAGUACCAUUGCCACCAGCUCGUCGGGUCGAUUUGAUGACAGGAAUUCACACAAUAUUCCUUCAUCUCUCGCCGUUGGGAAUGCUGAAGGCGAUAAGCAAUCCAAGUUUAAAGGUCUGAAAAGGGCCAAAAGAGCCUUCUCGAUUAAGUCCGCAGAGGAAAAGUUGUCCUCGCGUGGCCGAGAGUUACGAAACGCGAUCCUGGAAGAAGAGUCUGGUCGAUGGCCAGACCAAGAAUCACGACAGAUUGCGGCAACGUACCAAGAAAGGAUUGGAGUUGCUCAAGCAAUAGCAAACCUUCGAGCCAAUCGUCCGAUUCAAUACCUUCAACUACUUCGAGCAGGAUAUUUCGAGCCUGUUCCAUCUGCCUGGGCGAAUCUAGCUUCGCAUCCGCUAAAGUUUAAGAUUGAUGCGCCAACUGGAUGGAGAGGGAUUACACCUUCUUGGCGAGGAUUUGAAAACACCGCAGAGGAACGCUUAUACUGGGUUCUGAACCACAGAGACGGAAAAGCUAAAGUUGGCAUGAAGCCGGACAUCAUGUCUACAAUUGAGAUGGCUCGCGUUAGGAUGGGUUCCGCAGUCGUGCCACCUACUGCAUACUACUCUGCCGACGAUACCUGCAAGCUUCAGCAUACCUCCGAUAGUUACUCGAAACAGUCCAUUCCAACUCCCUUCAGAGCGCUAGAUGCACCGGAAUACCCUACUGGUAGCACUGUGAUUCUAUUGGAUGUCUCGAAGUCUAUGAAUACUGCUCCCAUCCGACCAAAUUAUGAGCAGUAUCUUAUCACAGGCUUUUCCAGAUCUUCCCAGCCUAAAAGCAAAGAUAUCUCCAAAGCUAUCCUGCGUCGCUUCACCGAUGCAAUGGCCAAUCACGAUAACAACCCUGGAGGCUACCAGCUUGUCACCUUCUCAACCAAAGCUCAUUACAUCGGCUUCAUUAACUCACAGAACUUUGAAACGACAUGGGGCAGUAUCAGAUUCGGGGGACAGACUCGAGUUAUGACAGGUUGGCAGAAAGUCAAAGAUCUGCAUUUCCAACAGUAUCCUGAAUCGGCAACGUAUCAUCCCGUAUAUGGAUGGCAAGCCGGUCCCAGAACCCCAAUGUUAAGGUUACUCCUUAUACUUGAUGGAGAGGCGACUGACAUGUACGAGCUUGAACUUGAUCUCCUGAGUCUUCCUUGGGUGCACGUUACGAUAUUCUUGAUUGGCGUAGAUGGAUCCCUACACCACCAUCGUCACGCCAAUGAGUUACAGAGGAUCAGCGAAGCUAAUCCUCGUAUUUCAUUUGUUGAUGCACAGGGCAAUAUCGCGGAACGAUUUGCCACCCAUGAGUUGCUCAAGCGACACCUUGGGUACAAUCUUUCGAUGGCUGAGUUUGAGGCACUAGAGCAACCGCCACCAUCAUAUGAGGAGUGAACAUGCAAGUAGCCACGAGUUUCUUGCAAAGGACAGCCAAUCUGCAACUAAAUUACACGAUUAUCUCCAUGGCAGACGUGUAUAUUACCCUAGAGAUGAAAGUAUUACGGAACAUCAGA